AGACAAAACGCAGAAACGUAAGCAUUUUUUUUUUCUUUUUCGCUGCCCAUCGAUGACUUUCUAGACUUAUUUUUUAUUAUUUGACGAGAGACAUUUUAUGUUUUGUGAAGAAGUUAGAAGAAUCGCUGAGCUGUCAUGAAUCCACCAUGUGGGAGAUGCAACAAACCAGUUUAUCCGACAGAAAAAAUAAACUGUCUUGAUAAGUAUUGGCAUAAAGGUUGUUUCAGCUGCGACGUUUGCAAGAUGGCUUUGAGUAUGAACAACUACAAAGGCUUUGAGAAGAAACCCUACUGCAGUAUGCAUUACCCCAAAACCUCCUUCACCAUAGUGACCGACACCCCUGAGAACCUACGCCUGAAACAACAGAGCCAGCUCAAUAGUCAGGCCCUUUACAAGGAGAAGUUUGAGAAGAACAAGGGAAAAGGUUUCAGCGUGGUGGUCGACACACCGGAGAUGCAGAGGCUGAAGAAGACCCAGGACCAGAUCAGUAAUAUAAAGUACCAUGAAGAGUUUGAGAAAAGUAAGAUUCGAAGUGAUGCGCCUCCUCCUGAAAACAGACAAGAACAAGAAAUGCAAUCAUCACACCCUGAAAUAUUCAGCCAGCCUGCGGGACAGAUGUGCCCUGCUGCUGCAUCUCCACCUAGUGGAGGGAAAUGCUACCAGGCCUUGUACAGCUACACGGCAGCAGAGGCCGAUGAAGUUACUCUGCAGGAGGGCGAUCUGAUCUUGGAUGUCGAGCCGAUAGAUGAGGGCUGGAUGUUUGGAUGCAACCAGCGCACUGGGAAGAAAGGAAUGCUGCCAGCUAACUAUGUUCGACCCGUUUGAAAAUUGAUUUAAAGAUAUAUUUGUAAACCAGUCAAACUGACAGUAAGAGGUCAAACUCCUGCAAUGUGGAUCUGGAUCGACUGCCGCCAUUUAAAAAUGCUUUUGUUUUUUCCAGAUGUAACAUUUUUGGUUUUGGCUCUUAAAGAAUUAGAAUUUUUCUGAAACGAAAAUGAUUUGAAGCAACAAGUCAAGUCAAUUCAUCAUCAGCAGCAGCUGUGUCUUCAUGACGCAUUCAAUUCUGAAAUAUAAAUGCUUGUUUCAUUUUUUUUCCCUUGCAUGUUAUGAAGCAUUUGAACGGAUUAAACUUCAACAUGCUUA